GCACUGUCACUGUGUGAAAAUUUUUAGAUUUUGUGCGGUGCGGUUCGUUUUCUUGCUCCAAUAAGUUCAUUAGGCUGGAAGCGGUGUUUAGCCCAAAGCGCAAUCAAAGCAAUAUCCGACAUCGAAGCCUAGUGCCACGGCCCUCUGCUAGUAACUCCCCGCAUCCGAAAAGAAAAUGGCAACAGCAGCAAGUAGCGCGACAGCUGCCGGAGCAGCGAAAGACGCCCCGCCAGCGCCUGCGAAGUCGUUGUCCGGCGUUGUGAAGCAGGUUCUCUCCGGCGACACUGUGGUUAUCCGCGCGACCAAAGGUGCCCCGCCCCCGGAGAAACAAAUCACCUUCUCGCAUGUCCUGGCCCCGAAGUUGGCUCGUCGUCCCGGCGCCGGCGGCGACGAGACCAAGGACGAACCCUGGGCCUGGGAGUCGCGGGAGUUCCUGCGCAAGAAGCUGAUUGGUGUUGAAGUGACCUUCACGUUCGACAAGCCCGCCAACUCGAACCGGGAGUACGGCUUUGUGUGGAUCGGCAAGGACAAGGAAACUGGUGAGAAUGUGGUCGAGUCCAUUGUGCGUGAGGGCCUGGUAUCGGUCCGCCGCGAGGGACGUCCCACGGCUGAACAGCAGACCCUCAUCGAGUUGGAGGACCAGGCACGUGCCGCGGGCCGCGGCAAAUGGUCGACCAACGCGAGUGUCGCCGACAAGGUGCGCAACAUUAAGUGGGCCCACGAGAACCCCGCCCACCUGGUCGACAUCUACGGCGGAAAGCCCGUUAAGGCUAUCAUCGAGCACGUGCGCGAUGGCUCCACCGUCCGCGCAUUCUUGCUGCCCGACUUUCACUACAUCACGCUGAUGAUUUCUGGCAUCCGGUGUCCAGGGGUCAAGUUGGACGCUGAUGGCAAGCCUGACCUGAGCGUUAAGGUCCCGUUUGCCGACGAAGCUCGCUACUACGUGGAGACCCGCCUCUUGCAGCGGGAUGUGGAAAUCCGCCUGGAAUCGGUCAACAACUCCAACUUUAUUGGCACGAUUUUGUACCCGAAAGGCAACAUUGCCGAGUCAUUGCUGCGCGAGGGACUUGCCAAGUGUGUCGACUGGUCCAUGGCUGUUAUGAAAUCUGGCGCUGAUAAGCUGCGUGCUGCGGAGCGUGUUGCAAAGGAAAAACGCCUGCGCCAAUGGCAAGACUAUCAGGCAAAAACACCCACUUUUAAUUCGAAAGAGAAGGACUUCUCCGGAACAGUGGUGGAGGUUUUUAAUGGCGAUGCUAUCAAUGUACGCCUAUCCAACGGUCAAGUAAAGAAGGUCUUCUUUUCGUCCAUCAGGCCGCCGCGUGACCAACGGGCGGUGGUUGGAACCGACGGCGAAGAAAUCGUAAAAGCCCCCCCCCGCGGAAAGAACUAUAGACCACUCUAUGAAAUUCCGCACAUGUUUGACGCUCGCGAGUUUCUGCGCAAAAAGCUGAUAAACAAGAAAGUGCAGUGCAACCUGGACUACAUCUCGCCCCCACGUGAAAACUUCCCUGAGAAGUACUGCUACACGGUCUCGAUUGGUGGUCAAAACGUUGCAGAGGCUAUGGUGGCCAAGGGCUUGGCUACAUGUGUGCGCUAUCGCCAAGACGACGAUCAGAGAUCUUCCGCCUAUGAUCAAUUGAUUGCUGCCGAGCAGCAAGCUAUCAAGGGAUUGAAGGGACUGCACGCAAAGAAGGAUAAUGCAACACUGCGGGUAAACGACCUGACUGUUGACCAUUCCCGAAUUAAAGUCCAGUACUUGCCGUCGUGGCAGCGAGCUCUGCGUAGUGAGGCCAUUGUUGAGUUUGUUGCAAGCGGAUCGCGCCUCCGACUCUUUGUGCCAAAGGACAGCUGCCUUGUCACAUUCCUCCUAGCAGGCAUUUCGUGUCCGCGCUCUUCCCGCCCGGCGCUAAAUGGCGUUCCCGCCCAAGAGGGAGAACCGUUUGGCGACGAGGCUCUUACCUUUACUCGGGAGCGUGUCUUGCAACGAGAUGUUUCCGUGCAUAUCGAUACCACCGACAAGGCUGGUUCUUCAGUGAUCGGUUGGCUUUGGACGGACAGCGGUGCAAACUUGUCAGUUUCCCUAGUUGAAGAGGGCCUUGCGGAAGUGCACUUUAGUGCGGAAAAAUCUGAAUACUACCGCCUGCUGAAGAGUGCUGAAGAUCGCGCCAAGGCCGCCAAGAAGAACAUCUGGGCCAACUAUGUGGAACAAGUGCCUGAGGAAAAAACAGUUGUUGAGGAGGAGAAGGAGGACAAGGUGGUAGUGGAGCGUAAAGUCAACUACGAAAACGUAAUUGUCACUGAGAUUACCGAAACUCUGACAUUUUUCGCGCAGUCCGUGGAAAACGGAUCCAAACUUGAGUCACUAAUGAGCAAGCUUCAUGCAGAUUUUCAGUCUAAUCCACCCAUAGCUGGAUCGUACACCCCUAAGCGCGGCGACCUAGUGGCCGCUCAAUUUACUCUUGAUAAUCAAUGGUACCGCGCCAAGGUGGAACGAGUCCAGGGCAGUAACGCUACCGUCCUGUACAUAGAUUAUGGCAACAAGGAGACUCUGCCCACAAACCGUUUGGCCGCCUUGCCCCCAGCCUUCAGCAGCGAAAAACCGUACGCCACGGAGUACGCGCUGGCCUUAGUCGCCCUGCCAACUGACAACGAAGACAAGGAAGAAGCCUUGCGUGCCUUUUCCGAAGACGUAUUGAACCACAAGGUCCAACUUAAUGUGGAGCUAAAGGUCGCUGGUUCGCCGAACUUGGCCACGCUGCACGAUCCAACCACUAAAGCCGAUUUCGGAAAGCAGUUGGUCGCCGAGGGCCUUGUGCUAGCCGAGAAACGUCGUGAGCGCAAGCUCAAAGACCUUGUGGACCAGUACAGAGCCGCACAGGAGGCAGCUCUAGCCGCACACCUGGCCAUCUGGAAGUACGGCGACAUAACACAGGACGACGCGCCCGAAUUCCGCUAAAAGACGGCAGAAUACGUGCAGUAGGCCUGUAGCGUGGAGCGCGUUGCUAGCCGAAAUGUUUGUCUGCCAGAUACCCGCCCUUUAUAUACAUAACAACAAGCAACAACUUAAAGAAUAUGAAAUUACUAAUUCUAUCUAUACACACCAAUAUAUAUGAUACAUAUACCACAUUGGAAAUACAUACAUACAUAUGAACAAUGGCAUGGAAGAACACAGUACACUUUUUGUAUGCUUUAAGCAGCUGGCAAAUUACCACAAAUUAUUUGGUCUUCUAGUUUUUCCAGUCACGAUCUUUUAAAUAAAUAUUUGACACAACCUAGCAACAAUUGGAAAAAUUUGUAAACGCUUGUCCUCCAUAAAGUAUAAUACCAGAAGAGAGAAGCAUGUAAACCUUGUAAACCUCAACAUUGUCUUUUAAAUUUGCAGAUUUUAUGUUAUUGUAAAAUGUUUUUUGCAUUACUGAGUAAAUACAAUUAAAUAAUUUUUUAAAAAACCAA